AUGACGCUCGCCGGCGCAAUUCGCACUGUCAUGGGGAUCAUCGGAAAUGUGAUCGCUUUCGGCCUCUUCCUGUCCCCUGCGCCAACCUUCCGGAGUAUCGUCAAGAACCACACCACGGGCGACUUCUCGGGAGCCCCUUACGUCGCGACGCUCUUCAACUGCUUGCUCUGGGUGCUCUACGGCCUUCCCUUCGUUACUUCCAACAGCGUGCUCGUGAUCACGAUCAAUACAAUCGGCUGUGUGAUCGAGAGCGUCUAUCUGGGGAUCUUCCUCUUCUACGCCUCCAAGAGAAUCGAGAAGGCCAGAGUAGCCGGGAUGAUCAGCAUCGUCUUGACGGUUUACUUGGGGAUUGUUUUGGCUGUUUUCAUGGCUUCCAAGGACCAUCACACACGCCGGAAGUUUGCUGGGAUUUGCUGCGCUGUAGUCACCAUUGCAAUGUAUGCUUCUCCUCUUUCCAUCAUGAGAACAGUGAUUUCUACCAAGAGUGUCCAAUACAUGCCCCUCCUGCCGCUCGUGGCCGGGCUUUUCAAUGGAGCUACCUGGACUGCGUAUGGAUUCCUGGGACAACCACACGACUACUACAUUGUGGAAGUUGGAAGACAAGGGAGCAAAACGCAUACUCAGGCAUUCUCCACAACACCCCCUAUUUCGUGA